AUGGAGAUCAUAAAGAAGGUCUGGAUAUGCAUAGCAUGCAUGGCGUCAUCAUUGGCAGCACCCGCGCCAAGCCAGCCCAUCACAUUUGACAUCAUCGACAUGGCUGCGAUAAGUCGGAUGACACCACAACAGCUGGAGGCUCUUGCUGAAGGUCUAGCCGCCGAAGAGAUCAUGAGGACUAAACGAUCGUCAGCACAAGCGUUGACCUCGGUUGUGUCAAAAGCAUCAUCAGGUAUACAAAGCAAACUCGGUUUCCUCGGCCAAGCGUCUGCUGGCGCAUCCUCGCUGAUUGCUUCAGCAUCAAGCAAAACAGGUCACUCGGAACACACAGGAUACUCUUAUGAACCGCACGAAGAAAAAUACGACUACGUGGGGCUUAAAAAAUCCAUUCUCUACACGCUCUUCCAAGCUGUGAAAGCUAUAACAGGAGGAGUGACCAUCCUCAAGGGUCAGCUGAUUAAAGGAGGAGGUGCCUUAGCUGCUACUCUUGGUAAAGUCAUCUCUGGGAAGGGUGAUGCUGUAAGCAAUUUCGGAAGGAAGAUUGUUGCCUCCGCUGCCUUGAGCGAGAAGAAACCUCAUUCAACAGCAGUAUAUGGCCCACCACCGACCUCACAUUUGGAGUACGCUCCAACCGUCUACGGAGCCCCGACAGCCCCCGCUCAGUACACACAUUCCGCACCCACAGGCUACGCGGCACACAAGUAUCCAUCAAAUCUUGACGGACGCGGAAAACUGAGUGGAGUGCACGCUGGCCUCGUUAUACUGGCCCCAGUCGGCGACGCGUCUACCGGAGAGAGCCAUCCGGGAUACACGCCUUUGGAGCCUCCACCCUCCAUUCUCAAUUCCGUUUACUCCGCUAUAAAAGGCGCCUUCUCCUCCGCAGCACCCAGCUAUGAAUCCCACCUGACGCAUCAAGAACCACCGCUGCCUCAACCGAUUCCAUCAUUCAGACCCAUGUCCUGGGGAGCCGUAGAUUCCUACGGUGAACCUGCAAUGGUCGAAACUUAUUCCGAUUAUGAUCCAAGAAUCCCGCAUUCUUACAAUUACGCUUCAUCUAAGAAAUCUGUUGUCCCUCCGAUUCAUAAAAAAGGUUUAACGCCUGAAAAAAUUCAAAAGAUAAAUAAAAAUCUCGACAAAGUAACCGCUCUUAUAAACGAACAUCAAAGAUCGGCGGAAGUUGUUCCCAAAUUCAAUGAGCAAUACGCAGAAAUGGUGCGUAAAGGCCAGAUUCCUUUCCUUCCCACUCCGGUGGUCAGUGACAAUGAAAUAGGUGUCCUACCUGCUGAACUACUCCCUGACGAAGAUCCCAUGACCAGUACAUCGACCACCACAAUUUCUCCAAAUAAAACUGAUAGCAACAGCGCUAGAAGAAAGAAAGAUACCAAAUAUAUUCUACGAGGGAACAAGAUUGUUGAAGUUUGA